GAUAUUGAUAAUAUGAAAUUUAUUAAAUACACUUCACAGCCAUAGUUCCACACACGUUUUUGGGCUCAACAUAACUUUGUAAUAUACUAUUACUAUACCCGGACAGACUAGGCCCAAUUAGCCCAUCAAUAAUCGUCGUUGACAACCGGAAACAUGGCCACCAUGUUGAAGACCAGUAAAUUAAUUUGCUACACCCUGCCCAAGAACAAAUCGCCAGCACAGCUGAACAGAUACUUUCAGACACUGCGCAAAUACAAUGUUCCCCUGCAGAGGUGCUUAAACGAUGUCCUACGAAGACCGAAUACCGUCAGUCCGGUUGUGGGUUGUGCUCGAAUGUACGCUGCCCCAUCUGAAAAGAAAGUAUUCCAGAGGGUCAAACCGCAUUGUAACAUUGGCACCAUUGGACAAGUAGAUCACGGCAAAACAACACUCACGGCUGCCAUCACUAAAAUUUUAUCAUCAAAAAAAAUGGCUAAGAUGAAACAAUAUGCUGACAUUGAUAACGCGCCUGAAGAAAAAGCCCGUGGAAUCACCAUUAAUGUUGCUCAUGUUGAGUAUGAAACUGAAGCUAGACAUUACAGCCACACUGACUGCCCAGGACAUGCUGAUUACAUUAAGAACAUGAUCACUGGAACUAAUCAAAUGGAUGGAGCUAUUUUAGUAGUGGCUGCAACUGAUGGCGCUAUGCCUCAGACCAGAGAACAUUUAUUAUUAGCUAAACAAAUAGGAAUCGGACAUAUUAUUGUAUUCAUUAAUAAAGUAGAUGCAGCUGAUUCAGAAAUGGUUGAAUUAGUUGAAAUGGAAAUUAGGGAACUACUGACUGAAAUGGGUUUUGAUGGCGAAAAUUUACCAGUUAUCAAAGGUUCAGCACUAUGUGCACUUGAAGGAAGAGAACCUGAAAUUGGAGAAAAAGCUAUUGAAACUCUACUGGCCGAAGUAGAUAAAUAUGUUCCACAGCCAAUUCGUGAUUUAGAUAAACCCUUCAUGUUGCCAGUAGAACAUGUUUACUCCAUUCCAGGACGUGGCACAGUGGUAACUGGCAGAUUAGAACGUGGCAUAAUUAAAAAAGGAAAUGAAUGUGAAUUUGUUGGUUAUAACAAAGUUAUAAAAUCUACAAUCACAGGAGUUGAGAUGUUCCACAAAAUCCUUGAGGAAGCUCAAGCAGGAGAUCAGCUGGGGGCUUUAAUUAAAGGAACAAAACGGGAUGAUUUGAGACGUGGUAUGGUAUUGGCCAAACCAGGAACUGUCAAAAUGCAAGAUUUUGUCUCCACACAGGUGUAUGUGUUAAACAAAGAUGAAGGUGGAAAUGGUAAACCACUAGUACCCUUCCAGCAAAUGCAAAUGUACUCAAAGACUUGGGACUGUGCCUGCCAAUUAAAUAUUGUCGGCAAAGAGAUGGUUAUGCCUGGUGAAGAUUGUUCUAUUGAGUUGAAGAUGAUCAGACCCAUGGUUCUUGAGAAGGGGCAACGAUUCACGUUGCGUGUGGCUGGUGCUACAGUCGGUACUGGAGUGGUUACUGAAAUUAAGAAAAGAUUAUUGGAUGAUGAAAGGCGAGGAUUGUUGGAAGGUAAAAAAGCCCGAGAAAAGAGAAAUGCAGUGUAGGUUAUUAGUAUUCUUCAACAACAUUGCAACUCCAGUAUGUACAUAAAGUCAUCAUUAUGUGUAUCUCUGUACUCGGUCACAAAGUGCAUUAUUGAUAACAUUGUAGAUUUAAUAUAUUUAAAUGUAAGCACUAUCGUAUGUUGUAACAGUUAUGUUAUACUUUUGAACGUAUG